UGCCUCCUAGCUUUUAAACAAAACUUGUAAUAACUCCCAAGUCAAGCAUGAGGCCUAAAACACAUGGUUCACUUAGCCUAAAGCUUCUUCUCAUAUGUGUUUUCAUAGCUUUCUUACUUCUCUUUGUGUUGAGAUCAACAUUAACAUCAUCCAGUCUAAGUACAUCAUCAUCAUCAAAAAGUACUUGUUCAUCACCAAAAUGUAAUAAAAUUCCAUCAUCAGUAGCAAAAUCACUCAUUCACUACACAACCUCAGCCAUCACACCACAACAAACACAAAAAGAGAUAUUAGUAACAUCCAAGAUUCUAGACAAGAAAUCACCUUGCAACUUCCUUGUAUUUGGUCUUGGACAUGAUAGCCUAAUGUGGCACACACUAAACUAUGGAGGACGAACGAUCUUCCUCGAAGAAGAUGAGGCAUGGAUACAACAAAUCAAGAAGAGAUUUCCCAUGUUGGAAUCCUACCAUGUUACAUAUGACAGUAAAGUGAAUCAAGCAAAUGUUUUAAUAGAAGCAGGGAAAGGAACAGAGUGUACAACUAUAGCUGAUCCUAGAUAUUCAAUGUGUCAACUUGCCUUAAAGGGUAUGCCUAGUGAAAUUUAUGAUAUUAAAUGGGAUAUAAUUAUGGUGGAUGCACCAACAGGAUACUAUGAGGAUGCACCAGGAAGAAUGACAGCAAUUUAUACAGCAGGAAUGAUGGCAAGGAACAGAGAAGAUGGAGAGACACAUUUGUUUGUGCAUGAUGUGAAUAGGGAUAUUGAGGACAAAUUUUCUAGGGAAUUUUUGUGUGAGGGAUAUAUGAAGAAACAAGUUGGGAGGUUAAGGCAUUUUACAAUUCCUAGUCAUAAGAGCAACUUGAAUAUGCCAUUUUGCCCCUAAUUAUUUU